GCUCUGCACCUAGUAAGCGCUCAAUAAAUCCCACUGAAGGAACGAACGAACGUCUCCUCCGGGCCAGCGGCGGGAGUUUAGACUCCAUUUCCCAGGCUCCUCCAGCUGCCAGAUUUAGAUCGGAUUCUGGGCCGGGCUCGGUCGCCUAGAGGUCAGCUCUUAAGAACAGGAGGAACGAGAACAGCCCAGGGAGAGGAAUCAGGACAAACAGGAGGAGCGGCCGCCUCCUUCGCGAGAAGAGAGGAGCGGAGAUGAUCGGCGUCCUCGGCUCGGUGGCCCUCCUGGCUCUGCUCCUGACCAAGGCGGCUCCCUAUGUCAGGAAGUUUUUUGCAGGAGGAGUGUGUAGGUCAACGGUGCGGCUGCACGGGAAGGUGGCCGUGAUCACGGGGGCCAACACCGGCAUCGGGAAGGAGACGGCCAGAGACCUGGCUCGCAGAGGAGCCCGGGUGAUCAUCGCCUGCCGGGACGUUCUGAAGGGCGAGUCGGCGGCCGGCGAGAUCCGAGCCGAGACGGGGAACCGGCAGGUGCUGGUGCGGAAGCUGGACCUGGCCGACACCAAGUCCAUCCGGGCCUUCGCCGACCGUUUCCUGGCUGAGGAGAAGCAGCUCCACAUCCUGAUCAACAACGCGGGGGUGAUGAUGUGCCCCUACUCCAAGACCGCCGACGGCUUUGAGAUGCACCUGGGAGUCAACCAUCUGGGCCACUUCCUCCUGACCCACCUGCUGCUGGGUCGCCUGAAGGAGUCGGCCCCGGCCCGGGUGGUGAACGUGUCUUCCCUGGCCCACGUAAUCGGCAAGAUCCGCUUCCACGACCUGCAGGGAGAGAAGUAUUAUUACUCCAACAUGGCCUACUGCCACAGCAAGCUGGCCAACAUCCUCUUCACCCGCGAGCUGGCCCGGAGGCUUCAAGGCACCGGAGUCACCACGUACGCGCUUCACCCGGGCGUGGUCCAGUCCGAGCUGGUCCGGCAUUCGCUUCUCAUGUGCCUGGUUUGGCGACUCUUCUCCUUCUUCGUCAAGUCAUCCCAAGAGGGAGCCCAGACCAGCCUGCACUGCGCCGUGGCCGAGAACCUGGAAGCCCUGAGCGGAGAAUAUUUCAGUGACUGCAAACGGGCCCCGGUGUCAGCCCGGGGUCGAAACGGCGCCACGGCCCGGCGCCUCUGGGAGGUCAGCUGCGAGCUUCUGGGCAUCGAGUGGGAGUGACGGCCGACAGGCGGAGGGACGGGGUCCCGCCUGCCCAAGCCCGCCCCCGGGACCGGCCCGGGGCCGAAGGAGGAGGCGGGACACCGAAGGCCCGGCUGGAGUUCGGGCCGCCCGUCUGCCUCCCCAGGCCAACCCCCGCUCUCCGAAAUACCCUUGAUCCCGGAUGCCGCCUCCUCCCUCCUUCCCGGUUCCCCGGCGUUCAGCGACGCCGCUGAGGCCGGCGCGUCCCCGCCCGAUUUCUUCCCGAAGAUCGGGGAGCUCCUCGUUCCGGUAGGGGCCUCUCAGAGGGUCGGUCCGCCGGGGCCCCGUGGCCCGCUCGUCCACCGUCCUCUCCCAGUGGCUCCUGCCAACCGAGGGUGGCUUCCAGGAGCGUCAGAGGGCAGCCUCGGCGAGAGCUCCGCCGGCCGCCCCGGCCACCGGCCGGGAGUUCGGAGCCUGCUGGCCCGAGGUAGGGGCCGGUCCCGGCUUCAGAGUCACUGCCGAUGGGGGUCCUUGCUGAACGGGAGCCACGAUCUGACCGCUUCCUCUGAUCGGCGAGUGACCGCUGCAGUGAAGACAGACGUCCUUGCUCUUCUAAACCGUGAGAUCCGUAGGGGGAAGAAAAUAAAGGCCAAAUGGGAACUCUU